AUGUUCUUCAGAUCAAUAAUAGGGUCUACUGUCAGACCUGCAAAUUUCCUAAAUACUUCCAGAUUACUUUCCACUGCCAUUCCUUCAGCAGCUACAACCUCCCCAGUCUCAGCCUUGAAGUUCACCUCAAAUGGAUCAAGAGAUUUAUAUGCCAUCAUGAAAUUACACAACUUACCUUAUUUAGUCACAAAAGGUGAUAAAGUAUACUUGCCUUACAAAUUAAAGAAUGCAUCUAUCGGUGAUGUUUUAAACAUAACAGAAGUCACAACCUUGGGUUCUCCUUCAUACACAUUGAAUGCAAAAGAAGGAAUUGCUCCAGAAUUAUUUGAAUUAAAAGCCAGUGUUGUGGAAAUAACUAGAGAACCAGUGUAUCAAGUUGUUAGAAAGAAGCAAAGAUGUAGAAGGAAGAAGACCUUCAAUGUUGAACCAUUUCAAACUGUUCUUAUGAUCAACGAAUUGAAAUUGAAAUAA